AUGAACGCCGCGACGAGAGCAAUAAAGAUUGAUAUCAUAUCUGACACGGUCUGCCCGUUUUGCUUCCUUGGGAAACGCAAGCUUGAGAAGGCUAUCGCGGCAUAUCGAACGACGGAUGACAAGCGUCCUAUUUCGAUACGAUGGCACCCAUACAAUCUCGAUCCCACGUUGACAAAGUCGAUUAAUAAGCGGGAGAUGUACGCUGCGAAGUUUGGACCCCAGCGUGCGGAAGGCAUAAUCAACAUGAUGACCCAGAGAGGGAAGGAAGAAGGCAUCAACUUCUCUUACGGGGGCAUGCGUGGACCUACGUUGGACUCGCAUCGCUUGAUCGACCUAGCCUACGACGAAGGCGGAGAGUCUCUGCAGAACACCGUUGUGGAAAGCCUGUUCAAGGCAUACUUCGAGGAAGAAUUGGAUAUCGCCGAUCUGCAGGUGCUGGCUGACCGUGCCGCAGCGUGCGGUAUGGAUGCCGGCAAGGUAAAGACAUUCCUGGAGUCGAGCGAACGAAGGGACAAGAUCCAGAAGGAAAUCGCCGCUGCAAGUCGGCGAGGAAUUCAGGGUGUUCCACACUUCACCUUCAACGACAGGCACGAGUUGCACCCUUCUUCCUUGGUGAUCGCUUGA